CGUAGUAGUGUUCUUCUUUAGCCUACAGAUGGCGCUUUGUUUUGUUUUUCCAGCUGACUUGUGCCGCUUCCAGAGGACCGGAAUUUAGGGAUAUUACGAAUUUAAAGAAAAAACACAAAUAAAUAUAAUUAAAUAGUCCUAGUUUCUCUGAAGAAGAGACUACCCGGCAAGAAGAAACAAAAACCAUGACCCCCGACGAGGAAAAUGAAGCCUAUAUGGUAAAAGAGGCUCAGCGGCUCCGGAAGAGCGAUCCUUGCGCGGCCAAAGCCUGGAUAAUAACUGCCAAGACCCUGUUUCCCAAUGCCUUCACUGUUCAAUAUGAAGCAUACAUUCUAGAGCGCGAUAGCAAAAACUACGAGGAAGCGGCCAGGUGUUUCAGCAUUAUAGCCACCAACUUUCCCAAUCACCACACAGAACUUUGGCAGGAAAUCAAUGCGCUAACAAACGCCCUAAGGAACGAUACGGAGAGCUCCCCGGAACAGGAGUUCUAUGUGAAAAUGUACAAGCACUUGACCCCCGAAGUCCAACAUAACGUCUUCAUGCACACCAUCAAUAACUGCGGCGACAACCUGGAGCAGUGCAUCUCCAUUUACAUACUUAUGUUUAACAAGUUCCCUAAGUCGGCGGCAACCCAGGCACCCAGACUACUGGAAAUGGUUGUCGAGGGCAUGAAAACGGAACCAGAUUUGUAUCAGAGGGUUCUCGUAGAGGAGGUACUGCCUUUGAUUCAAAAUAAGCCACCAGAGCUACCGCCUCCAAUAGCCUGCCGGUUGUACACCAGUUCGCUGGAGUACUACCUAAGGCAGAUAAUGGACGAAUCAGAUAGUUCGGACUCGUGGAAGAAUGUCUUUAGGGUGCUAAUGAUCUGUGGACAGAUGAUGGGCUGGGAACCAUUUCUGCCAUUCAACAAAAACAUUAAUCUAAACGUUUACUGGGAGAGAUUGGUGGACAUUCUAUCGGGCAGUCCCAGUGGCAGUACCCAUGUGCUGUUCUACGCCACCACACUGUUUAUUUACUCGCUCCAUGGCUACAUACGGAACUGCAAAAUAAGAAUCGAAGAUGCCGAUGUUAGUCACGUACUAGUAGAGGGCUUCCUGGAGUGGACGCCGGAAAGUGAUGGCUCUGAUGUUCCCAGCAUGGAGCCACCGAAGUUCUCCCUCACCACUCCCAUUAGCUCAGAGUUGUCCCAGGCAUUCCUGCAAUCCGCCCAGUGCUGGCAGUUGCUCAAUACGGAUCAGUUUCAAAGAGACUUUAGUCAACUGAUGUUGGCUCUGCCGCUGUCACCAUGGAUUUCACGCUUCCUCUUCGAUUUGGCCAUUUAUUUCGGCCAUCGGGACGAGGCCAACAAACUGAUGUCGGAGAUGACCAACCAAAACAGUCUGGUGCAAAGUCUUCAGAUCCUGAGUCUCAAUCUUAUGCAGAACAGCAUGACUCUUCAAGGCUUCCAGUGCAUCUUAAAAAUCAUUUCCGAGUUACCUGCCACUCCAGUGGGUCAGCUAUUGGACAACAUGACGCUCAAGGGCCACCGACAUGUGGUGUUUCUUCCGCUGACGAGAUCCGCCUUGGUCCAGUACUGCGUGGGAGCGAUCGUUAGCCGUCUUGGCCGCAAGGUUUAUGAGCCAAACUGCCCCGACAGACUGCUAUCAGAUCUGCUGGUUCUCCAGCAGCUGAAUCUCCUCAACGAUGUCCUGCUCACCCAACAAAUCUUUACCCUGAUAAGACAGCGGAAGUCCUUCAACUUACGAACCCUAUCCACCUACAUAAUCUCCAUUGAUUUGAUCGAGGAACUUGCCCAUAUCUGGAACUCCCAGCAGGAGGACAACUUCGAGCUGACCAGUUCACCUACCAACGGUGCCAGUGGUGCCCCUGCGCCGAUUAGUUCAUCCGGUGGGGCACAAACCCGCCGAAUAGGAACUCGGGGGGCUGAUAAGGGAGCGAAGGAUGAGUUUAAGGCCAUCACUCGGCAGCAGAUAGCCCGGUGCAAUGAGAAUGUCAUUACUUUGCUGGCCAACUUCAUUAGCCAGGAGCAUAUUAUGUUGGCUCAGCACAUUUUCGGAAUAGCUCAGCCUGUCGAGACGAUUGUGAUUAAGUAAGUGAUGGUUUAAAAAGGUAAUUAGAUUAGAUUAGAUUAAGAUUAAAAUUUCAAAUUGAAAUAUAGCAUUUUCUAUACUACAA